CGGACCGUGUGACGUAGCGCCUCGGCUUCUUGCUGUUUAUUGUUCCUCGGCACCGUCAGAGAAAAACGGGCUAACAAGCCGCCAGCUGCCUUUUCCACACGGUUAUCGGUUGUUUAAACGGAGGCGUAACUUUCGAGACAGCUGACUGCAACAAACCAGGAGCCAUGGCGUACGCGUACCUCUUCAAAUACAUCAUCAUCGGAGAUACGGGUGUGGGGAAGUCAUGUCUAUUACUACAGUUCACAGACAAGAGGUUUCAGCCAGUCCAUGACCUCACUAUUGGUGUGGAGUUCGGAGCGAGGAUGAUCACUAUAGAUGGCAAACAGAUCAAACUGCAGAUCUGGGACACGGCUGGUCAGGAGUCGUUCCGGUCCAUCACCAGGUCUUACUACAGAGGGGCAGCAGGAGCCCUGCUGGUGUAUGAUAUCACAAGAAGGGACACCUUCAACCACUUGACGACCUGGUUAGAGGACGCUCGCCAACAUUCCAACUCCAAUAUGGUCAUCAUGCUCAUCGGCAACAAGAGUGACCUGGAGUCGAGGAGAGAGGUGAAGAAAGAAGAAGGAGAAGCAUUUGCCCGAGAACACGGCCUCAUAUUCAUGGAGACCUCAGCCAAGACUGCCUCUAAUGUAGAGGAGGCUUUCAUCAACACAGCCAAGGAGAUCUACGAGAAGAUCCAGGAGGGAGUGUUUGAUAUCAACAAUGAGGCUAAUGGUAUUAAGAUUGGACCCCAGCAUCCUACCACCAAUUCUACACUGACUGGUAGCCAGGGAGGCCAACAGGCUGGAGGGGGCUGCUGCUGAAGCCUCACAACACACCGCUUCUCUGACCCUUCCUCCUCCUCAUCCUGGCCCUCUCCAAACCUCCUUUGCGUUUCUACAGAGCUGUCGAGACUCACUAACAGUUUGUUAACCUCUCUCUCUCUCUCUCUCUCUCUCUCUCUCUCUCUCUCUCUCUCUCUCUCUCUCUCUCUCUCUCUCUCUCUCUCUCUCUCUCUCUCUCUCUCUCUUCUGGCACAUUCUUUCAUUCUUCCCUCCCUCUCUGUGUCUUCGCUCUCAAGUCCUUCAGCCAUGUCUUUCCUGAAUCCUCUGAUCAUACCCUAGGCUCAAGGGGGCUGCGUCCCCCACAAGUCAACCUGACUUCCUUCAGUCUCAAAAGGACAGAGUCAGCUUCAUCGGCAGAUGUAGACAAGAAAUUCAGAAGUUUUUCUUGAGGGGGGGUGGGGGGUUUGGUAAACAUAUUUUAAUCUUUUUAUUUAAAAAAACAAACACUCAUACUGGAAUGUGAAGACUUAUGUUCCAACAGUUUCAUUUCCACAUGUUUUUGGGGAUAUUACAGUACCGUAAGAAAAAAAUCGAUGAGAUGAAGUUGUCCUGACGGAGACGGGAUCGUGGGUAGAGAUUAAAAACACACUCUAAACGACUGACUGUAUGGAAUAAAUCAUGCGCUGUGUUGUGUCUGUACACAAAUCCGUACAAGUUUUCAGAGAAAAUGACGCAGCACAUUGAUAGCAGGACAUGUUGCUGCAUGUUGAGUCAGUUUUCAUGCUGUGCCUGUGUGUGUAUAGGGGAUUAUAUAGGUAUUCCAGUAUGUCACUCUGUAAGGUGUAGGACGCAUUCAAGUGGCUCUGUAUUUUCUCUCCAUAAAAAACAAAGUGCAAAUUAUGUUAUUUUUUUGUGCUUCCUUUCCCUGUGUUGUCAUUCUAUUUUGUCUUUGUGUCCUUAUGUUGACUUUCAAGAUGAUUUGUAUUUAAUUAACACUACAAACUGGUCGUGGCUUAAAAAGUGUUUUAAAUUGUCUGGGGGGGAGAAUAAAAGACCAAACUGUUGAGUGUA